UCUUCCUCCAUAGUUUUUUUUUAAAAUCCCAACAGCACCAUCCUCCAAAUUUCUCUCCAAUUUCUUCAUCAAAUCGCACAUUUCAUCUUCUACUUGCUAAUAUACGAUCCACUCCUAUACUCGUACGUAUAAUAAAUAUACGGUAUCUUUCUCACCUUGGAAAUGGAGAGCAGUAUACCAGUGUCGGCCAAAUCAGAGCGAAGAUGGAGAUCGAAGCCGUUACAGACUUCUAAACCAUCUCUUGUUCUAGCCUUCUUCUCUUGUUUCGCUUGGCUCUACGUUGCUGGACGUUUAUGGCAAGAUGCAGAGAAUAGAACAUUACUUUCUAAUCUUCUAAAGAGAAAUACAGCUCAGAGACCGAAAUUUCUUACAGUUGAAGAUAAGCUGGUCGUACUAGGAUGCAAGGAUUUAGAGAGGAGGAUAGUGGAGGAAGAAAUGGAAUUGACUUUGGCUAAGAGUCAAGGGUAUUUAAAAAACCGGUUGUCGGAAAAUGGGUCUUCAUCCGGUAAAAAGUUUCUUGCAGUUAUUGGUGUUUAUACUGGAUUUGGUAGUCACUUGAAGCGGAAGGUGUUUAGAGGGUCUUGGAUGCCUAGAGGAGAUGCCUUAAAAAAACUUGAGGAAAGAGGAGUAGUGAUACGUUUUGUGAUUGGUCGCAGUGCUAAUCGAGGGGAUAGCUUAGAUCGAAAUAUCGACGGUGAAAAUCGUUCAACAAAGGAUUUCUUGAUUCUUGUAGGUCAUGAGGAGGCUCAAGAAGAAUUGCCCAAGAAAGUGAAGUACUUCUUUAGCACUGCAGUGCAAACAUGGGAUGCGGAAUUUUAUGUAAAAGUUGAUGACAAUAUCAACCUUGAUCUUGAGGGGCUAAUUGAACUUCUUGAACACCGUCGCAGACAAGAUAGUGCUUACAUUGGCUGUAUGAAGUCUGGAGAAGUUGUAACUGAAGAGGGUAAGCCAUGGUAUGAGCCUGAAUGGUGGAAAUUUGGAGAUGAAAAAUCGUACUUUCGACAUGCAUCUGGUUCCCUUCUUAUACUCUCCAAAAAUUUGGCUCGGUAUAUUGACAUAAACAGUGCAUCUCUUAGGAGUUAUGCUCAUGAUGAUAUAUCAGUGGGAUCUUGGAUGAUGGGUGUCCAAGCAACCUAUAUAGACGACAACCGUCUUUGCUGCAGUAGCAUUAAACAAGACAAGGUUUGUUCCCUGGCUUGAUCAGAGAGAUAGGCUUCCAUUUCAUAUAUACAGAUUUAAGGUUUGUUUAAAGGCACAUUGAAUGAGAUAUGACACCGUAUCUUGCAUGUCAUACCCGUAUUCAUCAAGACCCAUGGAGCAUUCAUUGGAUAAUUCUUUUUAGGUGCCGAGAUUAGCCACAUUCUUUUAGGAUUAACACAGGCAAAGUGCAUAUUUCAGUAUUGGCUUUGCAGUUUGUGAACUCAUCAUUUAUUUCCUCUUAUAGAUGAUUAUGCUGUAUCAUUCGAGUUUUCCAUCACUUCUAAAAAGAUCUCUUUGUAAUUAACGAGCAAAUGGUUGAGUUAAACAUCCUUUAUUCAAUACAGACGCAGGCUUUACUUAGAAGUCUGAAGCGGGCUCUAGGGUUAAA